AUGGGUGAUGCCAGGUGCCAAUCUCUGUAUUUCAUCAGUCUGCCUGAACUACAAAACCUCUGUGCUGUAAAAGUUACAGUGAAUUCUCAAUUGGAUGCAACUGGGGUUCGAGCAUCACAAAGGAAGUUGUGCAGGCGACUUGUGCUGCUGCAUCAAGAAGUCAUUGUUUCACCUAUUCUUGGAACACUGAAUCAAAUUUCAGUCAUUAUGACGAUACCCUUUUACAAGUCAGGAAAAUGUCAAGCUUACAUAGAGAAACACGGAGCUACAAUGACAGUGCCAGAGAGAGUUAUCCCAGCUGUCUUUCAGGCCUGUCUUUCUUAUACACUUACAGCCAAACUUGCUCCUAAAUGGAACCAAGCUGGUCACCUCUUGAUACAAGGGAAAGAUUUUCUGUCGCAACAUGGAAAGCAAAAUGCAAUUGUUAUGGACAUCAACGUAUUAGAAACUCAGCUUUGCAUCAGUGUGGAAGUUUGUACGAUCCGGCUACCUCCAGCUAAGCUAGAAGAUUUUGAUAUUUCAACAAACAUCAUAAAGAAAUUUGACAGUGAUUGUAGUGCAGUCAUUCAAGGAUGUUCUAUUUUAAGUAACUGGUGUUAUGUAUUGCCAAGUAUGAAAAUGGGUCAGAUCAUAAACAUCAGUCAUUUUAUUCCAUCCGAUUCUCCUUUUCAAUCAUACAAUGAGUUGCAGUUGCAUUGGAAAAAUCUGUACGGCUAUAGCCUAUCAAAGGAUCCCCAGAAGUAUUGCAAUGUUUACUUCAAAUUCAUAGGAGAGCAACUCUUCACAUAUCCUAUGAGUUGCAUCAGAAGUCAACCAGUCCAGUACUUUCCCAGAAUAAAUUUGGAAGGUGUUUUAGAUGCUUUUAUUACUGAUGUGAAAACUAUUAUUCAUACAUGUGGGUUUCCCCUUAAGAUGACAAAUAAAGCACUAUAUGCCACAAAAGAACUUACACAAGCAUCUGCUCAGGUAAAAAAUGCUCUGACUUUUCUUUUUUAUAGGACCAGAAUAUUUGAUAUCAUACCAGAACUGGAGCCCUUAGCAACUGAGCAAUCAAUUAUAUCAGAGGACCAAGCCUAG